AUGGAGGGCUGCACCCCAGGGAUGAGUCCCAUCCAGCAGGUGGUCCAGGGUAGCCCUGGAGAGGUAGAGGAGGGAGGGCUGCACCCCCAGGAAGGGCCACCAGUAAUCAAGGAACAUCCCAGCAGUGUAGUUGCUCGUCGUAACGACCCUGUCACCCUCAACUGUGCUGCAGCUGGUGCUGCACGCAUCAGGUGGUUCCGUGAUGGUGAGGAGGUGGUCACCUCUACACAAGAUCCUCGCUCUCACCGUGUCCUCCUGCCUGCUGGCUCCCUCUUCUUCCUCCGUGUCACUACCACCAGGAAGGAUAGUGACACUGGCACAUACUGGUGUGAGGCUUCCAACAGCUAUGGUGCUACACGCUCUCAAAAUGCCACACUGACUGUUGCAACCCUCGCCUAUGACUUUCAGAGACAAGCAGAACCCAUAGUGAAGACUCGUGUUGGGGACUCUGUCUGCCUACCCUGCCAACCACCCAAGGGCAUUCCUGUGCCAGACCUGACCUGGCUGAGAGAUGGUCGCCAGGUGACCAAUAGCAGCCAUCUUAGUGUCUCUCAGGCAGGUGACCUGGUCAUCAACAAGGCCAUCCAGGAAGACUCCGCAACCUAUGUGUGUAGAGCCAGAAAUGCUGCUGGUACCAGGGAGUCCACACCCACACAACUCACUGUCAUGACUGUGCCGUGGUUUGAAGAGCGGCCAUUGAACGUGACUGCUCCUUCAGGAGUGACGGUGGAGUUGAGGUGUCUGGUGCGGGGGUCACCCAUGCCUUCAGUAUCCUGGCAGCGACUAGAGGGCAAGAUGCCACAGGGACGCACCAGGAUAGAUACCCAGCAUCAACGACUAGUGCUGGAGCAGGUGGCACCCAUUGACUCUGGUGUAUAUGUCUGUGAAGCAGAAAGUGAAGGAGGAAGAGUAACAGCCCAAGCUACUGUCACUGUCGUAGGUGCUCCUACUCUAACACAAAGACAGCAGCGCCUUCAGGUAAUGACAGGAGACACAGUACAAGUCUCAUGCUGUGUGGAAGGUAAGCCACAGCCUUAUGUACUGUGGCGCCUCGCCACACCAGACAGAACUGCUGUUCUUGCCCCUGGACAAAGUAAUGACCACAUCUCUGUGUCAGAUGAUGGUCGUACUCUGUGGUUAGAACAUGCAACAACAGAAGACAGUGGCACAUAUUACUGCUGGGGUGUUAGUAGUGGUGGAGGUGUAAGUGGAAGAGCAGAGGUGAUGGUGGUGUCAGCUCUUCCACCACCAGUGAUGGGUGUCGGUCCCAGAGAUGUUAAGGCCACACCAGGGAGUACUGCAACAUUUCACUGUGAGGUAGUGAGUGAGGCAGCUCAAGUCACUAUCUCCUGGUGGUACUGUCCAGCUAUCCACCUGCCACCCCGUCAACUAUCACAACACACUGCUGAUCACCGAUUCUCUCUCCCAAACAAUGGUGCCCUCAUCCUCAAGAAUGUGCAACUUGAUGACUCAGGGAUCUACACCUGUCGAGCUACUGCAGACACAGGCACAGUGGAACAAGCAGCAGUACUUCGAGUAGAACACAGUGCUAAUAUUGCUGAACCACUGCUGCUGCCGGCACCUCCCACCAAGCCACGUCUUAUGGCCAUGAACCAAACAUCAGUGAAACUAAGCUGGCUUCCCAACUCUCAAAUGGGUGAAGACCCAGGUCAGUGGUAUCGCAUAGAGUACUGGAGACAAGGUUGGGAUGAAUGGCGGGUAGCUGAUGCUGCCAUGAUGCAGGAGUCAUGUGUGGUGAGCCACCUCACUCCAGGGCACACUUACACCUUCCUGGUCCGUGCUGUCAACAACAGAGGAGCAUCGUUCCCCAGCCCCUGGUCAGACCCAGUCACUACCAAGCUUUCCCAUGACCCCAGCCUUACUGUGGACCAGGUACGCCAGGCUCACCGCCGCCUCUCUCGCCCCAUCAUCUCCCUCAGUGAUGCUGCCAUCACUGCUCCUCACAGUGUGCUGCUUAGGUGGGACUUCCUGGCCCCAGCAGAUGUGUCUGUGGAAGGUGUGCUGGUGUAUGCUGUGUCCAAGACUGGCACUAUUCAAGUGGCCACUGUCCUGGGUGCCUCAUCCUCCUCCCACCUCAUGCACCACCUGAGUGCCAACACUCACUACACCUUCUUCAUUGUCCCCUUCUGGCACAGCAUAGAGGGAACGCCUUCCAAUGUUCACUCGCUUAUGACACCAGAAGAUGUUCCUUCAUCUGCGCCUGGAGACGUGCAUGUGACAGUGCUUAAGGAAGGUUCUGUACUCAUCAAGUGGUCAAGUAUAAGUGCUGAGGAAGCCAGAGGGCAGCUGGUGGGUUACCAGGUAACAAUAAGUCACAAUGGUAGUCAGACAACAGAGAUGGUGGAGAGUCCCUGGCUGGAAGCUCAUGGUCUCCUGCCUGGCCGCCUCUACACUGUGCGUGUGGCAGCUCUUACAGCAGCAGGUUCUGGGCCCUUCAGUGGUCCAGUCUUGCUGGAUGCUGGGCCAAAUGAUGCCCACAGUAUUCAGAUCAACACUCACAGUGAUGGCACUGUGAUAUAUGCAUCACCACAACUUGAGUGGCUGAUGUACCUGCUAAUACCACUGGUAUUGAUGGUGUGUGCUACAACUUUGUUGUAUGUAAGGCGACUACGUCGCAAAGUGCCUGGUUGUAACCCAGUCCACACUCCAAAUGUGUACCAGGAUCCAUCCAUCUAUCCUGACCACCACUCCAUCAAUAUGUACAGUGAACGCAAAUCAUGGCGGGCCUCAGAGAGUGACAUGGAUUCCAGUUUGUCAUCAACGCGACUCCUGCGUCCAGACCAACUGGUAAAUGAGUAUGCAGAACCCCGGAUGAUGCAACAGCAGCGACUCAGUAUAACAUCAACAGAACCAUAUGCCACUACAUCAUUGUUAACAACAGCCUCGCCUCAUCUUAACACCAGUGCACAUUGGCAGUGUAGUGAUGACUCUGGCGUACAAGUCAAUUGGAAUGCCUUCCUCCCACCACCCCCAUCUUACCCACCUCCCCCUGACCUUGACCUGGGUGAUCCAACUGGUAGUAGCAAUGUAUACAGAGACCGAAGGGUAUUUUCCUCAGCACAGAUUUACAAAAAGAGCAAAUCAGAGCAGUAUGAACGUCCAUGUGAUGCUGCCUUGGAACACGCUUAUGAUCAGUACACCCAGGAGGCUUCCUCUGAGGGCAGGGAUGGUUCCCUCUCCUUCAGUACGCGCUUAGACCGCCGUCAAGUCCUUGCUGACUAUCACCCUCCACCAUCCGCAAAACCCCAACAUAACAACACACACUAGUGCCAUGUCAUGUACAUGGGAAAGAUAGACAGAACGCACAAGAAGGCUAAUUAUAGUAUAGUUGCCUUUAAAUCUAUCUGGGUAUGUAUUAAAAAGUACAGCAAAAAGCUCUCUCCUGGCCCUCCACUCCCUCCAACAACACUAGGCUAUCACACCUGCAGUUCAGCACCUCACAUCAAGUAAUAAAAAUAGAAUUA